AUGGCCUCGGACGCCAAUGUACAGAGCAACCUAAAUAACGGAUCCUCGCGACCUUUUCUCGCCACAGAUUUCACACACAGCCUCUGUUGGCAUCGGGCUCUCCCUGUGCAUUCAUCCUUUCUUUGUCCACACAUCCUAGCCUAUCUUGGGCGGUGCCUGUCUAUGGCUUUCCUGGCUCAUCCUAUUGGCUCGUCCCUACACCCUCUUCGUUGUGAAAACAUUAGAUCAACGCCGUACCAUAUAUCUAUGCUCCCAAUCUGCAAAGGGUGUAGAAACAUGUCGCAUAGUAUCAGAGGCUUGGAUCCUGGCUGCUGUUUAGGUGGUGUAAGAAUGACCUACAGCUGA